AGGGCUGAGGUUGGUUGGGUUUUUUUGUUUGUUUGUUUGUUUGUUUGUUUUUCUUUCUGCUUCUCUCCCCCGGAGUGUGUUUUUAGCUUAGGAGGCGGGAAUUGCAACCGUGAAGGGGGAUAAGCAAACCUUAUUUAGCAAGCUGGUGCUUGGUGGAAGGAGGGUUGCACAAACAGCACUUGGCUCAGGCACCGUCUCUGGGGUAUACCCAGGCUUUGUCCAAACCUUGCAGAUACUAUGUCAUUAUUUACUUUUUUUUUUAAGAUACAGUUUGGAAGCGCAAACCCCGUUGUGUAAUUCCCCAUUCGUGCCUGCGGUGAAACCCUUGCCCAGUUUCUCCUCCGUGUCUUAACUGGCCACAGCACCGUUUUCCCUGCCCUUGACCGACAAACUCUUACAGCUCCAGGCUGCGUGGGAGCAUCCCCGUGCAGUCGCCUACUCUGCCGUGCUUCGCCCAGGACCCCCCUUGCUCGCAUCGCUUCCCCUAGUGCCUCACCCGUACGUCAGGAGAUUUAAUCUCCUGCCUCUACCAUGACCACCUAUUCAUUUUUGAUAUUUUUAAUAUCGUGUUUGAGCUGCCCCAGCGCUCAAACACAGCGGCCCGGAGCAGAUAGGCUGCAGAUGCACGGCGGCAGCCCAGGAUGGGCAAAACCUGCCUCCUGAGCUGAGCUGCCGAAGAGCAACCGCCGCAGCGUGGCUUCGCCAUCGCCGGCAUCCCUCGGCAUCGCCGGGGCGGCGCCGGAAUCCCUCACCUGCCUCCAAAAAGCAAGGGGAUAGAUGCUUUUUCCCUGCCCCCGUGGCGUGCGGCUGCUGUUCCGCUGGCAGGGCGAGGGGCCGAGAUAUUUGCUCGUGCCACCGAAGCGAAGGAGAGCUGGACGUCACCUGCCGCUUUAUGCGGAGCCGAGUCCCUCUCUUCAGAUGAAAAAGAGGUGGUGGCCGGCGGCGCGGAGGGAGAGGGCUCGGCCGAGGAGCACCCAGCGGGAGAGGACAGUUCCGAAAACAGCUCCAGCAGUAGCUUGGAAGAGGAGUCAGAUGCGGAAGAGCUGGACGGAAGGAGGUCGGGUGAGCGUGCUUUUAUAUUUUGUUCCUUAUAUCUGUCUCGCAAGGCGUGAGGAAGCCACCACGGAUGAAGAACAGGAGGAGAAGGAAUCGCUAGCACACUGCAAUGAAUCAGGAGUGAAGUGUCUGCCACCCUGCGAGCAUUGCAGAAAUGAAAAUGACCAGAAGGAGGAAGUGACCCCUAGGAUGCUUUCUGGAGGACACUAUGUGGUGCAGCUGGACGCAGAGGGGACUUACCAGUGCAGCCUCACGGGCUUGAUUUUUGAGGUAACGGGGGCCGUCAAGAUCACGUACUCCCUCUUAUCCUGGAGCAAAUACGCCAACCUGGUGGAAAAGCCGUGGAUCGUGGGCGGCCCCCUCUUCGACGUGCGCUGCGACUCGACCCCGGCUCUCACCUCCAUCCAGUUUCCCCACUCCCUCUGCCUCGGCGAUCAUGGCGCUGGCAUGGCCUUCAAGGUUUUGCACGUCAAAGGCGAGGGCGCAGCCAUCGAGCCCUCCGCCGACUACUCGGCCUCGCACGUCAAGUGGCUGGUGAGCUCGCUCUCGCCGGUGGGACCGCUCAUCCAGAGCCAGGAGCCGGUGCAGUACCACGGUGCCGUCAUCCUCUACAAAGCCGUCGACGAGCAUCCCUCCUUAUCCUUUCGGGUCUACGUGGCUACAAACAACGACUCCUUUAUAAAGGAUAUCUCAAGAGCCGUAAAACAUUCAAAUAAGAAGUUUAUUAAAAUUGACAAGCCCCCUGUAUGCCAAAAAUUACUUCAGAAAGGGAAGAGGUAUAGAUUAAUUUGCGAGCCAGAAGCUGAAAUAACUCCAGAGGAAAUUGAAUUUGUUGAUGGAUCUCUCUUGAAACUAAAAAGUUACAUUGAAGUCUAUUUGGAGAAACCCGACGACUUCACCUUGUCUUUGGUUGAGCUGGAGUCUGAGGCGACCGUAUGGAAAGCAAGACUAAGGGAGAGUGACUGGAUACAUUACGAUCAGAACAAAAACGAGCAGAAAAGAAGCACAGUCAGUAAUGUCAAAAAACGGAAACCAGCCCUCAGCAUUUUGGAAGAAGACGAGCUCUGCAGCAAAAAGCAAAAGACUGGCAAUACUGCAGAUGGAAUUGAAACAAAAAUCUUAACUGAUCAACAGCUGAUGGUGAUCGCAAAGCUGUUUGGUAGGCAGUGGAGAGAAAUUGCUAUUGAGUGUCUUCAGAUGGAGAUGAAAGACAUUGAGCAGAUUCAGGCAACGGAGGAAGAAGUUAAUAUGCAAAAAUUUCUGUUGUUAAGCAAGUGGAGAGACAGAGAACAAGGCAACGGAACUGCAGAAGCUUUGUACAGAAGUCUCCGUGAAAAAGCGUCCCAUGAGAUACUGCAAGCCCUACAAGGUUUCUCGGCUCGGUGCUGAGCUGGUGAAGCGGCAGCUAGAAGGAGCGCGGUGGGAGCUUCCCCAGCCAGCCGUCACGCUUCUCCGGCCGCUUCCCCGGCAUCUCGCCGAGAUUCGGGAAAGAAGACGCAAGGCAUCAUCGCUCAGCGGAAAGCUUAGGCAGGCUCUUCGCAAGAAACGUAAAUGAAAUUUUGCGCGGAUAUAAGCACACCUAAGGCUUUCGGGAGCAAUGACUCGUGCGGUGGAUCCCGGCACCGCGGCCGGGAGUGCCGGGCAUCACGUUCGGGGAAACCCAACACUGCCAUCCGGCUUCGUCUCAUUUGAGCCAGUCCUAAAAGACACGAACACUGGAAGAAACCAGUUUACCUUGUUCAGGUGUAUGAUCCUUAUCUGGAAACGUUUUUAUUUACAUCAGGGAAAGACAGGGAGAAAAGUUACGCGGUGACUUUCGUCCCCUUAAAAAAAAUAUUGAACUGCCAAAAUCAUGAGGUACAUCGUAUUUCUGACAGAUGCCCAAGAUCAGGGAAGAAUAAUCCUAAACUUGCAGAUAAAUUCCUUUGCGUAAUCACUGUAUAUAUACAUAAUUACUGUAUAUACUCACGUACAUUCAGUCCUUGUUAAGCUGUGGUUCUGUUUUCUUUCAUGGGAGCACCACUAUUGACUUCAGGCAGCUUUGAAUUUUCCUGGGAAUUCCUUCUUCACUUUUCUGUAUAGCCCGUCUCGAUUUUCAGGAGAUAUUUUUUAAUGUUGUAUAUUUUUUUUCUGUAUUAUAAACUUUUUAUACUUUUUUUUUUACUUGAUUAAUUUUAACUUGAAUAGAAUUAGGUGCUUAAACUAAAAUGGGAAAAGCAAAAAUCUCUGUGAAGGCUGUUACUCCGUCGGCAGCGCACAUACUACAGAAUUGGAAAAGGUUUGGAAAGAAUGUUAUUUGCUGAAGAAAGCAGCGACCCCAUAAGGGAGAUUGUCUAGUUUUUAAAGACACAGGAUUCUUCUGAUCAUCUUCCUCUGCGUAUGUUUAUGAAAGAAGAAGCAUACUUUUAAAAAAUAAGGAUUAAAAAGGAAACAUUUACACUAUUUA